GACUGUUUAUGACGCUUGCAUUUCAUAACCAUUUUAGAACCUUUUUACAAGUUAAUUUUCAUUUCUAAAAUAAACAUACCAUAACCGACCUGUAUUUGCUUUAACGAUCACAAAAAGUAAAAUCCUCAACUCAUGGCUCAAGCAUCCCCCAACAGGAGCAAUCACAGCGCGGCUGUCAAAUGGCUGAUUGACAACUUCUACACAUGUGAAGGAUACAGCAUCCCAAGAUGUCUUAUGUAUGACUUUUACUUGGAGGCAUGCAGCCGCCUUGAACAACAUCAAGUGAAUGCUGCUACAUUUGGAAAGCUUGUGCGUUCUGUUUUUACUGACCUGCGGACAAGACGACUGGGGACAAGAGGAAGUGCCAGGUACCAUUAUGAUGGAAUAAGUGUAAAGAAACGUUCCCCACUGUAUGCACGGUACUGCUUUCUGAUGAAGUUAAACAGCAUUGAGAGUUUGACAUUUUUAAAUAAGGAAAAGCAUGGAAGCUACAUCACUACAAAAAACAGCGAGGACCAGGCUCAGACUCACUCUUAUCCAUGUGAGCUGGUAAGGAAUCAUUUUUGGGAAAAGCAACUGGAGCAAAAAUACUUUCACAGGUUUACCUUCAUUGCAGAUGAAUACCAUAACUACUGCAAGGACAUUUUACAGAAUGUAAGAAACAAAGAAUUAGAUAAGGUUCAAGAUGUUGUCAUCUUUUUCUGGAAGUCUCUGCCCAUUAGUGUAAUUGAGCUCAUGUCUUUGCCAGAUGUGAGCCAGCUUUUCAGUUCCUACGAUGCACAACUGUACAAGAUGAUCGAAGGGAUUCUUAUUAACGACUUCCUGGAAGAAGUCUCUGUUCAGGAUCUUAAAAAAGCCAGGAUGUUCAGCAAGAACUUCAGGUCCUGGCUGCUGACAGUUCUGGAUGACUUCCCAAUCAUGCUCCGGACUUCAAAACGCAAAGAAGCCAUUGUGUUUGUGAAUAGACUGCGAAGAAAGUCAUGCCUUUGCAAUUUAGUUAAGACGAUGAAAUCAGUUAUAAACGACAGUCAAAUUAUCAGCACCUUGAAGUCUGAUCUGCAUUCAAUUCUCACACAUGGCAUCCUCAACAUCCCACGAAAAAGCCUAGAAAAAGAUCUCUGGGAAUCAGAAGAAGAGAACAGCAACACCGAAAUCAAAUGGUUUCAUACAGUGUAUUCAUGGCUGAGUACCUCGGCUGACAUCAAGACAUAUCUGGAUGGGGUGGUAACACUCUUGCAAGCUUUCAUCUUUCAGCCAAGGAGAAGCAGUGGUGUGUUCUCAGGACUGGCAGCUGACUUCCUCCUGAGAUGGAACUAUUUCCUCACUGACAUAAGCAGAGCCAUGAUACUGUCAAAUGCAGAAAGCUUUGGGUCUUGGCAUUUGCUGAAUUUGCUGCUUUCGGACUACGUUCUCCAUGUACUCCAUUCCUACAUGGAGGAGAAGACUGAGUGGCUGUCAGAAGAACCCCUGAAGGAGCUUCUCCCCCUUGCAGCUCCACUGGAGUCUGAACUCGCAGUGGGUGUGGUAGACCCUCCACAGCAGGGAGCUGUAGAGCAGUCCUAUCAGAGUGCUGAACCAGCUAACAGCAAUGCCCUCACUUUAGAGGGCAUCACUGUCCACGUUGUAGGGUUCCUGGUAGAUUCAGAAACUGGCAACAAGUUGAUCCAGAUUAUGUUAGAAGACAAAUCUGCUAAUUGUGCUGUGAAAGUGGAUCUCCCAGUAGGACAAGAAGCAAUGGUCACUCUUAGAGACGGGCAGAAAUUUAUGAUUCACACCUGUGACAUCGGUGCUGGUGAGGACAGAACAGAGGAAAUACCAACCAGUGAUUUCAUCUGUGCAGGAAAUAGCACUUAAACUAGAUGUUAAUUACUUUUGACAAUCUAGUAUAUAUAUAUAUAUAUGUAUAUAUAUAUAUACACACAACAUUCUGUUUUAAUCUUUACUUUUGGGUUCUUUGUCCAAGUUACAAAAUUUGAAAUAAACAAACAAAAUUACUUAAAAUGCCUUAAAUACCUGCUGGGUUUAUUUCCUGUUUUGUUAUUUUCCUUUUGAUAAACAUUGAGUGAAAGGCAUUGAAAAUCAGUCAUAAUGCAAUGAAGUGUCUGCUGUAUCCUUCCUGUACUGUGGCUUUUUAAUCCAAUGGUCGAGCUGAAAUCAUACCAUGUGACAUGGCAUACAGGGAGUGAUUGGAUACCAGCAAGAAACAGUUUCAUUAUUUUAUCUACAUUGUUAUAAAAAAUCUGUAUAUCCAGAAUUAAAGUAUAAAAACAAGCAAAGAACCAAAAGAUGCUCAGUACAAGAAACAAGCGACAAACAUUAAUGAUGCUAAUUCUAAUAAAAUAUAAGAAAUCCCUUAAACAAUAAGUAUUAUCAAAUACAAUAUGCAUAACUUUUUAUUGACAUUUCCAGUUUUGUUGUAGUCAAACAGUUUGUUAUGUAAAAAUAUGUAAUAAUUAUGGGGGAUUGAUCAUUAUUUACCUUUCCUCUGUUGAAUUAAUUGGAACUAAAGGGUAGAGAAAAAGAUGUUCUCCCAAAUAAACUGUAUUCACAGUAUAGAAGUAGGGGAGAAAAGUUAAACAUGAAGGAUCCACCAGCAUAUUUUGCAAGUGGGUGUCCAAAGCAAAAUUAUUGAUGGCCAGUCUUUCAACACUGCAAAGCUGAAAACAGGUAGAGGAAAGAUAUCUCCACUCAAAACCCAUUUUUAUUUAUUAUUUUUAAAUUACUAUUUAAUUAGUUUCACUAUUGUGGUAUUUUUGUGAAGUUACUUGCUCAAACAGUUAAGCAGAAAAAGUGUAGUUUCAAAUUGACAGAAAAUGGUUCUGAGUGGGUGAAGCCAAAAUAAUAAAUGUGUGACAGAAAAGGCAACCACAUUGGCACCGUCCAGAGUUAGUUAUGUCUUGCCUCACAAAAUUAAAUUAAUCACUCAACCAUUUAUUUUCUGUUUAUAAAGAUUAUUUUUAAACCAAGCCUUUUCUGCUUAACUCUUUUAGUAUUAACUUUACUGAAAGACAAAGCUUUUGUGUUUUUGUUUGCGUUAUUUAUAAGGGAGUUCAUCUUUAAGCUGUUAACUCAAUUGUUGUUCUAGGCAUCAGCUAAAGGGUCCUUUUGACCCAUUGCGGUAGUCCUAGUCCUAAAAACAUUUGGUGCCUCCACCUACCAUUAUGUCAGUGUUUUUCAACAGGGGCACACUU